AUGAAUGAAAUUUCUCAUGGCAAAUGUCGUUACAAUGGUCAAAUCUAUGAUGAUGGCUCUGAAAUUUAUGUCAGUGACUUCAAUGGAAUCGGAUUUGGUCAUUAUAAUUGCAUUAAUGGAGAAGUUAUAAAACAUAGUUGGACUCAAUGUGAACCCGGUUUGAGUGACCAAUACAACAUUUGUAAUCUAGUCCCUGAAGAAGGAGUUUGUUGUCCUGAAUAUGAGUGUACAAAUGAACUGUUUGUGCUUUCCGAAACAGAAACUGAUAUUUAUACAGUAAAAGCUAAGAUGCGCGUUAAAAAGAAGGUCUUGAAAAAACAAGAUUUGAAUGCCGUAGUCGUUCUCGAAGACAUCUUUUCUGACUUCACUAACUGUCACGAGAAAUGUCGCUUGUGUUUCAAAGAAGUUGCUGAGCGAAAUUCAAGAAUACAAAUCACAGAUGAAAUUCAGAACAAAAUUCAUUCCGUCCUGCAAAUUCACAUGUCAUUGGAUGGAAUGGGAUCAGAAUUUAUAUGUUCAAAAUGUGAAAACAUUUUAAAUGUUUCUCAUCAGUUUACGUUCAAAAUAAAUGAGAAAUUGAAGUGUUAUGAGAAGUUCAGUAGCAAAAAAGUUGAACAUUCCGAUGAUGAUGAUGAACUACCAGUCCCAUUUCAGGAGAAUUUCAUUAAGGUUGAAGACGACUUGAAUUUAUCAACAGAGAUGGAAUUGGUUUCACCAAUGAGUGAAAUCAAAGAAGAAAGCUCUGAAGAUGGAAGUCCAAGCGAAUCUGAAGGUGGGGAGAAUGAGGAGACAAUUGAACGUCAAAAGCAGGAUCAGUCAAAUCCUCAAUUCGUUCAAAGUUAUGUUGGUGGAAAAGUUUUAAGAAAUGGUGACACGAACAAGCGACGUCGAUGUAAAGGGAAUUUCAAAACUAAACUUCAGUGUGAUAUUUGUGGAAAGAAAUGCUGUAUUAAAGGAGAUCUUGCUAAACACAUGAUCACACAUAUUGGUUUGGAAUAUAGAAGAAAAGAUUUUCAUUGUCAAAUUUGCGGAAGGUCCUACUUUUCUAGAAGUGGACUUCAAACGCAUAUAUUAAAUAAUCAUGAAAGACCAAGUCAUCUUACCUGUUCAAUAUGUGGAAUCACUUGCUGGACCGAAAAAGGCUUAGAAAAUCAUAAGUUACGUCCCUGCCGUUUACCUUGUGAGAUCUGUGGAAAAAUAUAUUCCAAGAAUGUACUCAAACAACACAUCAAUGGAGUGCAUUUCAAUUUGAAACAAUAUCAGUGCGAUAUUUGUGGAAGGAAAUGUAGUUAUACAAGUCUUGCUAAACACAUAACUACGCAUAUUGAUUUGGAAUACAGAAGGAAAGAUUUUCAUUGUCAAAUUUGUGGAAGUUCCUACUUUUCUAGAAAUGGACUUAAAAAUCAUAUAUUAAAUGUUCAUGAAAAGCCAAAGCAUCUUACAUGUUCAUUAUGUGGAAGAACUUUCAUGACCGAAAAAGGUUUAAAAAGACAUCAGUUACAUCCCUGUCGUUUACCUUGUGAGGUCUGCGGAAAAUUUUUUUUUAAGAAUAUGCUCAGACAUCAUCUGAAAAAUGUGCAUUUCAAUUUGAAACCAUAUCAGUGUGAUAUUUGUGGAAAUAAAUUCUGCAAAAGAAAUCUUGCUCAACACAUGAUUACGCAUAUUGAUUUUGAACACAGAAAGAAAGAAUUUCAUUGUCAAAUUUGCGGAACUUCUUUUUUCAAGAAACAACAUCUUCAAACCCAUAUGAUAGGAGUUCAUGAAAAACCAAAGCAUCUUACCUGUUCAAUAUGUGGAAGAACUUUCUGGACCGAAAAAGGCUUAGAAAAUCACAAGUUACGUCCUCAUAAUAUACCUUGUAAGAUCUGUGGAAAAAUGCUUAGAAAGUCUGCACUUAAGGAACAUCUGAAUGUAGUGCAUUUCAAAAUAAAAAGAUAUCAGUGCGAUAUUUGUGGAAACAAAUUCGUUAAAAACUAUCUUGCUCGUCAUAUGAAUACACAUGUUUCAUCAGAACACAUAAGAAAAAAUUUUCAUUGUCAAAUUUGCGGAUCUUCUUUUUUUGAGAAAUGUAGACUUAAAUCCCAUAUGAUAAAAGNCAAACUAUAA